GCCAUAGCAAUGAAACAACACCAAACCAUUUUCUGUAAUUUAAUCAAAACAAAACAAUAGCGGCUUCAUAAUGCAAAUAUCCAAAGUUCAACCUGUUUUUAAACUCGAACUGAACCAUAAAGUUACUCCAAAUAUAGUUACCGUUGCGAAAUAUGAUGGCACACAUCCCUGUCUUACGGCAUCAGCUGGUUAUGACAAAAUAAUAAUCCACCAUCCUCAUGGCGGGGUGGUCAGCGGACGCGCACAGCGAUCCCAAGCUCAUGGGGAGAUAUCUGAACUAAAUCUAAGUCAAGCCGUGAUCGCGCUGGCAGCGGGUCCUCUCAGACCUGAUUCAGGGAGGGACAUGCUUCUCAUUGGAUCGCCGUCACAGAUUCUUGCUUAUGAUGUCCACGACAACAGUGACCUCUUCUUCAAAGAAGCUCAGGACGGCGUCAACGUUAUCAUCACUGGGACCUUCGGCAAGUACCUGGACAACCUGGCUAUAGUCGGCGGAAACAGCUCUGUCCAGGGCCUGAACUGGCAAGGGGAUGAAGUGUUCUGGAAUGUCGUUGGGGGAAAAGUGUGCUCUAUGAUCACUUUCGACUUUGACAAGGACGGGGAAAAUGAGCUCCUCAUUGGGUGUGAAGAUUCCUACAUCAGGGUUCUUAAGAACAAUCAAUUUAUGACCGAACUAGCCGAGACUGGACCUGUGAUAUGCUUGACGCCAGUCACUGAUGUGAAAUUCGCAUACGGUCUGGCUAAUGGAACUAUCGGUAUUUAUGAAGAGGGAAUACGAUUGUGGAGAGUAAAGUCAAAACAAAACACAAUAUCCUUGCAAUGGUCUGGCGAAUCGUUGGCUUGCUGCUGGGAAAACGGCCGGAUAGAUUGGCGCGAAGGCCACUCAGGGAGGGUGCUCCGACGUGUGCAACUGCGGAGUGCAGCGGCCGCCAUGUUGCUGGUGGACUACCGGUCUGAGGGCACGCCUGAUCUGGUCUGCGUUUCUGACAGAGGAGAAGUGUUAGGCUACCCGCCUUAUCAAGAAACUACCGGUUUCGUCUCAUCCAAGACACUACCCUCUGAAGAGGAUCGGCAAGCCAUCACGGAGCUGUUCAACAGGAAGCAGGCAUUGAUGGUGGAACUCCAGCACUACGAAGCUAAUGCAGCCAGUGGCUCCACCAGUUUGGAGGUUGCGGAGAGGCCCGCAACCUCCAUGCCGACUAACACAAGGUUGCAAGUUGCCGUCACAGCGUCACCAGAAGAGGGUUGUUUAGAACUAGCAAUAGCGACUAACAACGAGACCAUAGUCCGCGCUGCGCUUGUCCUGGCUGAGGGUAUGUUCGAGACUGGUGAGACUUUGGCGCGGCACCCGGCGCCUGCGCAGCUGCGGUCGUUGCUGCACGCGCCGCUCAGACCUCCGAGGGAUGUGCCCGUUGAUGUGCAUAUCAAGGCUCUUGUUGGUUAUGCAGACAGCGAGCAGUUCCACAUUUUCGAGCUCACAAAGCAACUACCAAGGUUUUCAAUGUACACUUUAGCACCCAAGACUAUAACAAGCACUAAACAUGGCAGCCAUGUCACUUUCCGGAUUACAGAGAGAGUUCAGAGAAUCUGUAUGUGGAUCAAUCAGAAUUUCAUUCUCGAAGAGGAUGUGGAACUGGAAUCUGAGGAUGCGAAGGAGCUUCAUGUUAACUUCAUAUGUUUGAGGGAUCGAUCAAGGCUGGAAAUGGGCUUCAAGGCUGAUGGACAGGUCAAGAUUAAUACUACAGACAUUCGGCUGGCUGGAGACUUAGUGCAAAGUCUAGCUGUUUUCUUAAAUUUAGCAGAUUUACAGUCAGUGGCGCAUUUUCCGGAUGCUGAAAAGAAGUUACGUGAUGAAAUGGAUAAUGCCUCAGAUGUUGGGGAGAUGAGAUCGCGAUUAGCAGCUGAAACAGCAGAACGAGCCCAGUUAAUCACAGCCCUUUUGCCGGCAGCCCAGGAUGCAGCUGCUUACGACUUAAAAGAAAUGCUAAAUCGUUACAAAGAAGUCGUGAUGUUGAACGAAGAGCUUUUGGCGGGAUGUCACGUGCGUCGUGCAACACAAGAACAAGCUGUGGCUUCGCUCAAAAACCUUCACACUAUUUUGCAACAGGCUUCUAGACUAAGAGUGGGUAAAUACAGCAAAGCUGUGGUCACAGCAAGCAGGAAAGCGGUACGUGAAAAUAAUGUCGAAGCUCUUGUAAGGGUGCUGCAAGUUGGUGACGCGUAAAUAAAAUAAAAGUUAACAUUAAAAUGUAUUUUUAUU